GUUCCUCUACUUCCGGUUUCUGCACUGUGCAACUAUUUCAGUUAUAUUUUUAAUUAACGAUGCCAAGUACUUGUUGUUGUGUACCUGGAUGUCAUUUAAGAGGAGGACAUGCAUUUCCAAAUGACUUAAAAAGAAGUAAAAGGUGGAUCAACGCCAUGGCCCAUACGCAGAUUGGACGAGAACACGAUGAUAUCGUGGAGUCCAUCUCAAUCAGCUGUUGUUUGCAAGGCACGUUUUACUGAAAAAGACUACGUGCAGGAAACUAUUCAUGGGCGCAAACCCACCAUACAGAGACUUAAGUCUACUGCAAUUCCCAGCCUAUUUUCCUGGACCAAGCAAGAGACUGAAUCGUCCGCAAAAAGAAAAAUCAGGGCAGUUUCCUGUGAAAACAAAAGAACUAAACUUGAUGAAUAUUGUAGUAGAAAUCUAGAGGAAAGUUUUGAUUGUAAAGUUGGUUUUCCUGAAGAAGUCAUUCAUACUGCAGAAAGGAUUUAUGACUGUCCACCACCAACUGCCGAGCUAAUGUUGAGCUUCACAGAUGGAAUUACGCAAACACCAUCAAUGCCUAUGUUUUCAGCAGAGAAUUUUGAAAUGAAGACACGUGACACAGCCAUGCAUUUUUAUACCGGUUUAGAGUUGUAUACUAAAUUUUUAUUUGUUUUGACCACACUUGGUCCAGCAGCACAUUGUUUGAGAUACAUAUAUUUUCAAAUUGAUAGGGUGUCAGUUGAAAAUCAGUUUUUUUAUGACUUUGAUGAAAUUGAGGCAUCAUACAACCAACUUUGAACUGUCUAGAUUCUAGAUUGAAUCUAGUGUUAAGAAUAUUGUGUAUACAUGGAUUGUUUUUAUGUCUAAACAGUGGUGUGAGGCUAACACUUGGCCAUCUAGUGGUUUAGUCAGGUAUUUUUCACCAUCCAACUUCAAAUUAAAGUUUCCUACGACUUGGAUUAUUAUUGACAGCACAGAAUAUCCCGUGAUAAAACCUAAAGCUCCUAGAGCUCAGGCAACCUUUUCAUCAAAUAAAAAAAGAAACACUGAAAAUUCUUGAAUGUUCGACACCUGGUGGUUUAGUCAACUAUGUCUCUAUGUCACAUAGAGCGAAUUAUUGGACUUGGCAAAACAUACAAAAUUCUAAUAAAUCCUAUGAAUGGAACUGAAACAAAACUUUCAUCUGAAAUAACAUUUAGUUGUUUUAUGUUGUGUAAUUUUAGAACUUGUAUUGUGCCAAAGGAUGCAUAAAUAAAAGUGACGCAAUGAAUUUUGUUCUGAUAU